AUGACUGUUGAGAUGAGCCGACCUCCAUUUGAUCAAAAUGAUCCAAAAUACAAAUGUUUAUGCGGAGUCUUGCAUAUCAGACAAGGCGCUCGAGCUGUGGCUGUCUUAACUAAUGUUUUCACAGCAAUUAACAUCAUAUUCAGCUUAACUAGAAGUAGCACUGUUGCUGUUUAUACCAUCAUGAGUGCAUCUUUCUCUGUUGUCAUAUUCGGAAGCUUAUUUUAUGGAGUUUAUAAGGAAAAAAGACUUUAUAUAAUGCCAUAUAUGCUUUUUCAACUCAUAGCCGUUGGAUUAUCGAUAAUAAUUCUUCUUUCUUUCAUCAUCUCCAUUGCUGUUCAUUCCAAUAUGGUCAUUGAGUUGGCACAAGAUGUAGGAAACGUCGAUAUUAAUGUUUCACAACAACAAUUGGAUGCAGCUUUAGCAGCUUUUACUGUUCUCUUCAUCAUCUGUAUCUGUAUUGGAGGUUUUAUCCAAGCUUACUUCCUGGAGAUAAUUUACUCGUUUUAUCAAUUUCUCCGCGACAGAGAGAUGUCUUUCAAUUUUAAUUUCGAACAAGGACCCACAGAAUUCGGUACAGGACCAUUUGCUCCAGAUCAUCAACAAGCAAUGCAGUGA